AUGCCAUCUGAUGUUUGUGUCCAAGUACUAAACUACUGUCAUGGCGGUUUAAAACGCCAACAAUGGAAGGACUUUGCUCAGUAUAAGGGGUUUUCAAACAGUUUACGAAUUUGUUCCGAUCAUUUUGAAAGACGUUAUAUCAAGAAAAAUACACCACCCAAACGACUAUUAGUAUCAAAUGCUGUUCCAACUUUACUUCCGCCUGAUAAUAUUUUGAAGAUGCCCAAAAAUAUGUCAAAACCUCCUUUGACAAAUUCAACUGCAAAAAAUUUAUUGAUAAAAGAUAAAGAAAAAAUGCCGCUGCAAAGAAACAAUCAAACAAUUCAUAAGAAAGUUGACACCUGGAUUAUCAAUAAUGUAGAUAAGUACAACUUUAUUGAUGAUUCAAAAGAGGAUGAUGUUUUGGUUCAUGAGAUUCAUUCUGGAUUCGAUGGUAAAGAUAAGGGGAUUGUCAAGUUAAUAUUUUGCCAUCAUAUCAACGAUUCAAUGAGAGCCUAUGCUCUCUUUGAACCCGUUAAUGAAGAUGAUAUUAAGCAUCACGUAGUUGUCACUAUGUACGUUCUUACUGCUGAAAAUCAUUAUCAGCCAAUCGGACGAGAAAUUCUUCGAACUGACACAAGGAUGGAUAGACUUUGCGGCCACAAUAUGGUUUUGAUGGACGAAGAGGAAAUAGAAGGCCGGACAGUAGGAUUUACAAGGGCAAGGUUAGAAGAAUUUUAUGGGAAGAAGUUGGAAGGGCCAUUUCCAAUCUAUAAACAACCCGAAAGAAUAAUUAAUAACACAAUUACACUGCGAAUUGAACUUUUAACAUAUUUGGAUUCUGAGCCCAUGUUUCCAUUGCAUAAACUAUUUAGAUUCAUGGCAGAUGUUCAGCAACCAGACUGGAUCUUACGAUUAUAUGAAAAUAAAAAUUUUAGCGGCGAUUUAACAAUUAAGAUACAAGAUAAUAUAUUUCGAGCCCACAAACAAGUGUUAGAUCAACGAGGAUUUUCAUUGAACGAUGCAACUACCGAGGAAAAUAAUAUUUUUAUUUUUUCGGGCAUAAGUCCCGAGAUAUUUGGUAUGCUAUUGGAGUAUGUUUACACCGGCGCUAUCGAGAAAUUGAAAGACUUUGCUGAACCUUUAUUAGAAGCUGCAGACCGAUUUGAACUGAACGAUCUCAAGUUUUUAUGUGAAAAGGUAUUAGCAGAAAAUUAUGUUGAUUAUAAUAAUUUUACCGAUGCCUACAUUUUAGCUAAACGCUGUAAUGCUAGUGGGUUAUUGAGUUAUGCUCAAGUUAUGGGAUAUGUGCUUUCUCAUGGAGACUCUGAAAGAUGGUGUAGAAAUAAUAGGCCAACUGCUGAGCAAUUUUAA